CUUAAAUUCGCAUGAGCACCAAUUAAUCAAUUAAUAGCAAAGAACUUUCUGAUGAAGGUAAUAAAAUUAUCCACCAUUUGUAUUAGAAUUUAUGAAACUUCAUGCAAAGUAAUUUUAUAGAACUCAUGGAUAAUUGAUUGGCAGCAAGCAGUCCUAUAUUCCGAUUCCAAAAGAGUACAAUCAUAAUGGAAAAUUCACUGAUGUAAUAAUUUUAUUAAUUUUAGCACUUAUUGAUGGCCACCAUGUAUAGAAACAAUAGUUUGAAUACAACUUGUGAUAAAGAACGUUGGAUUAACGGUUCAAAAGAUUGGAUGGAACAUCUAUAAUGAACUUAUAAUAUCCUAAUAUCUAUCAAAAUCAGUUUAUAUCAUUUUCAAAUUAAGUGAUAUGUUUCUGAAUUUUCAAUUACUAUUAGGUUUUUAGAAGUAUAGUAAAGUACUAUCGAAUUUUGAGCAAUUAUAUAAAUAUGAAAAUAUUCAGAAAUACAC